AUGUCCUCUUGGACUUCGACAACGCAGAAGGAAACGGCAGAGACGUACGACAUGGAGAGUCAAUCUCCCGUCUCCAAGACCCAUGGUGGCAUUGCUCAGUUGUCGACAGUCCAGGAUGGCGAGGUAUGCAGCAAAGACGGCGUUCGAACUCCAAAAUGGUAUCAACGACUGCUUGAUGCCGGCGUCGAGGAGAAUGGAAUCCAUCCCGUGCCCCUCGAGGCGCGGACCAAUACCAACUACAGCAACCUCUUCACCGUUUUCUUCACCAGCUUGCUUUGCUUGCUGCCGAUCCCAACGGGUGCGUUGGCCACUGCUCAGUUCGGAUUAAGUUUGAGAGACGCUUCGCUGGUGAUCAUCUUCUUUGCGUUGCUGACCAGUGUGCCUCCGGCAUUCAUGGGCAUUGCUGGCUCCUAUACUGGAUUGAGACAGCUCGUCCAGGCCAGAUACUCCUUUGGAUAUUACCUCGUUUCCAUCCCCCUCCUCCUCAACGCCGCUACCGUAACCGGCUUCUCCCUCUCCUCCUCAAUAGUUGGGGGCCAGACACUCGCAGCCGUCAACCCGGGCCAUAUCGACGUUAAGGUUGGCAUCGUCAUCGCAUGCCUCGUCAGUUUCGCCGCUUCUUUCGUCGGGUACCGCGCCCUUCACAUGUGGGAGCGUUGGCAGUGGCUUCCUAAUCUGGUCGCGAUAGUCAUUGCCGUGGGCUGCGGUGGAAAACACUUGUGGAAGCAGGCCGAGACGCCCCCGCCGACAGCAGCUCAGAUCCUCAACUAUGGAGGUCUCAUGGCGGGAUAUUUCAUCACCUUUGGCGGCACAGCAUCGGAUUUCACCGCACUCAGGAUCUUUUCGUAUAUUUACCUCGGCAUCAUAACCCCGUCCGUUCCGCUUCUUAUCUUGGGCGCGGCAAUUGGGGGUGCGCUCAACAACGUUCCCGAGUGGAAGUCAGGAUGGGACGCCUAUGGCAUUGGGGGCGUCAUGGCGGCCAUGUUAACCCCUGCCGGCGGUUUUGGCAAGUUUGUGCUCGUGGUCCUUGCGUUGAGUGUUAUCGGCAACAUUGCAACCUCAAUGUACUCAGCCGCUCUCUGUAUGCAGCAGAUGCUUCCGAUCUUCGCAAAGGUUCCUCGGAUUGUUUUUGUCGUCGUCGCCUUGAGCAUCAUGAUACCGAUGGCCAUUCGCGCAGCCGAAGCAUGGGCCGAUUCACUUGGAAACUUUCUGGGCCUGAUCGGGUACUGGGCCGGUUGCUUUGAUGCGGUCAUCAUUGAGGAGCUGGUGCUGUUUCGCCGGAUGGACUACGACUCAUAUGAUCAUGCCGCGUGGAAUAUCGCCCGCAUGCUGCCUUCGGGUCUCGCUGCCAUCGGUGCAAGCGUGUUGAGCUUCGGGCUCACAAUACCAGGGAUGGACCAGGCGUGGUUCACGGGACCGAUUGCGAGGACGACGGGAGAUAUUGGCUUCAUUUCGGCGUUUGUGCUGACGGCAAUUUUCUAUGCUCCAUUCAGGUGGUUGGAGGUCAGAAAGCGAGGGCGCAUCUGA